AUGCCCUCAAACGAUUCUGAGGGGAUUCAAGAAAUGGUUGGUGCAGAAUCCCCGACAUCUCAUUCCCCGAAUGAAUCGCUUGACCUACACGACGAGAUGGACUGGAUAGCAAAUUCGCUGAACGUCUCUGCUGGUGAUGAAUUCGAAGGAGAACUUCGCUUUGAUGCCUCAACCUCGGAUGGGGCCGAUCAGCUGGGGAUCGAUAUACUGUCGAGGACGAUGAUUGGGGACGCUGCGUUUGAGGAGCAGUUCCUUUUUGCGCUGGAAAAUAGCUCAGACACAUCCCAUUGCAUUGUAUUUCCUCCCCUGGAAAACUUGAUCACCGUUCGAUUCUCGCACCAUGUCUCUCUUCAAGAGCUAAUGAAUAAAAUGGAAAGAGAUCUGGUGGAAGAAAGAGGAGCCACCGUCAGACAUCGCUCCCAAGCCAACCGGAGCAUGCUCGGAGUCUGUCCCCAGCGGUCCUCCCUCCUCCAGCGGUCCUCCCUCCUCCAGCGGACCGACCCGAGUCCAGUUUGUUACACCCUGCGUGUCUGGUCGUGCGCACUUGGCCCAACGUUGAAUGCGGAUAAAUUGGAAGGAUGGCCUUACGAUACGGAUAUAUCCGACCAUGGAUGCUGGGAUUCGGGUGCGGAUGUCACGGCAGGCGGAGCAUCCAUCGCAGCCGAGGAAUCCCCCGUUUCCGACUGCCAGACGAACGACACCCAAAAGGUGACAAACCCAGGAGUCUCCCGGUCGAGAGAAAUCCAGCCAAAUUGUCCUUGCUGGGGAGAAGUCACUCGAGCCGAAUUGCAUAGUUCACAGGUUCCUCUCCAUGACUCCAUACAGGGACAAUGGUGUAACACAGCAGAAUCAAGAACCUCAGAAAAUGGAGGGCUGACUCACACGAUGCCCUCACUUGAUCCCAAGGAUAUCGAAGACAUGAAUGGAAUGGAAGACUCAACAUCCUUUUAUCAAACGGAACUGCCUGCCCAACACAAAGAACCGCCUGAGAUGAAUGUGGCAACAGACUCGCUGGAUGCCUUUGACCCGCAGCAUGUCGAUGAGUUCAGACGGCCACAUUCCUGUGAUGCCUUGACACCUGAGGAUCCUGAUCACCUGAUGAACAUUUCAAUAUCAUGGACUAUGUCUGGGAACAUUCAAGAACAGCUUCUUGAACUGGGUGCAAAUUCUAAUACAGCAGAAGCAAGACCCCCAGAAAACAAGGAACUGAGGGAAAUGACACCCUCGCUGGACUCUGCGGUCGUCCAGGAUCCGCUCGGGACGGAGAACCUGACGUCCUCUUCUCCGCUGCUGUCUCUGUCUGAGCUGAGGGACAUCCUGUCGCUUUCACCAAAUGGGUGUGACCUGCAGCCAGCUGGUGAAUUUGAAGAGGAAUCUUCCCUUGAUGCUCUGUUGUCUUGUGUGCCUGAGCAAAUGGGACAAUGGUGUGACAUAGCGGAAUCAAGAAUUUUGAGAAGUGAGGAGCCGAGGCACAUGAUGCCCUCGCUCGAUCCCAAGGGUAUCGAAGACAUGGAUGGAAUGGAAGACUCAACAUCCUUUCAUUCAACUGAACUGCCAGCCCAACUUGAAGACACACCCAAGAUGGACACGACAACAGAGUUGCUGAUUGCUUAUGACCUGCAGCAUAACAAUGAAUUCAGACAGCCACAAUCCCAUCUUGCCUUGACACCUGAUGAUCCUGACCAGGAGGACGGCAGAGCGACGGAGAUGGGGACGACGACGACCGACGAACUGUCGGUGGACGACGAGCGAGAGGACCGAGAGUCGGAUGCCACUCUGAGACGAGCCAGGAACAAAGAGUAUGCCAGGAGGUGCCGGCAGAAGAAAAGAGAGAAGGAGAAAAAGCAGGAGGAGGAAUUGAAGGAACUGACAAAGAGAAAGCGUCAACUUGAGCGAAGGAAAGAGGAACUUCUCGACACUCUGACCGAGGCCAAGCCCAUCGUGAUGCGGCUCGUCUCACCCAGCGGGGUGUCGCUUGUCGCCCCCAAAGGGGUGGGGACGUGAUUUGCAUAUUUGCAUGCUGUGUGUUCUGCUUAUUCUUUUUCAAUUAUUCCAAGUGAUGGUCUUAUUUAAAUUGCCAUAUUCAAUAGUGUUUGCUGAUCUUGUCAACUUGAGGCUUGACUAAUCAUGCUGUUUUGUCUACUCUUAAGUGGUGAUUCAACUAUAGAUAUGAAUGAAUCCUAAUUCAGGAAUAUGAAUAGAUAGGAUACUCAUCAUCCCCUUAGCUUUCGUUUCUCAAAAAAUGUCCUCAUAAUUCAUGCACAUUAUUGAAAGCCAGUGGAAAACAGCAAGCAUCAGAGUUACUCCAGUAGUUCUAGUUUUAAUGCACAUCAUGGCCAGUGGAAAUUGUUACUUUUGCAUUUGAGAUAAAGGCCACCACUAUUGCUUGAAUAGGAGCAAUGGAAUUAACUUUUUCAGCUAAUCCUUCGAUCAUUAUUAUAUAUUAGUACAAGAAUGGAUUUUUAAGUAAAAUUUCUUGGCACUGUUACUGCACAUAAGAAAUUCCUUUCAAUGUACUUAGUAAGUAGUGCAAUAUUCAUUAAUGUCUGAGAAGUAUUGUUACCAUUUGCCCUCACCCACUUUCUGAUAAGGUGGGUGAAUCCAUCUGGACAUGGUGUUCUCAUUUGUCACUCAGCUGUCGAAAAAAUGCAGGAGCAUUCGGUUCCAUGUUUUCUCAAUCUGGAUGAAAUUCAUGAGUUAAUUGGC